AAAUAACGAUGAAUAAUGCGAUGCAAAUAUUUCUGUAAAUAACUCAAGUAACCUAAGUGUCAAUAAUAGUGUAAAUGAUAACAGUGUAAAUAGUGAUGACAUUUGCAUCCAUUCUGGUAUUAGUUGUGACAAUGAUAUUGAUAAUGAUGAGAAUGAUACAAGUAAUAAAUUAAGCGACAAAAAUAAUGAAAGUGAUGACAACAGUGAUGACAUUGAAGAUAAAACUGGUUUAAAUAAAAGCUUUCAAGAACAACUUCGACAGUGGGCCUUAAAAAAUUUAAACAGUCUUCAAUUAAAUGUAAUUGCUGAACUUUUAUUACUACUAAGAGAAGAAGGACAUGUGUGUGUGUGUGUGUGUGUGUGUGUGUGUGUGUGUGUGUGUGUGUGUGUAUUUCUUAUUAUAUAAUGUCUCGUUCUCGGGAUUACAAACACGUAGUACCGCUGUUCGUACUGCGAUGUCACCACAAAUUCAGAGUAUGUAAAAGAAAAAGAGAGCCAUCUGGUGGUCCUCUAUGGACUACACUCUCCCUUCCACGCUCAUAACGUUAUUUGUGCUCGAUAGCAUCACAUCAUCAGAGUUUAUAUUUUAUAUAAAAGUGAAAAAUAAUUAAGUAUAUUCGAUUCAAUUAACGGGAGAAGAUGUCAAAAAGCAAGAGGAAAAGAGAACGAGAAGAGAGGGAGGAUAAGAUUUGGAAAAAGCUGAAGGAAUUAGAGGAAGCUUUCAGACAAACGAAAGCCAACGACCAACGCCCGCCAUCACUCGCGUCCAAAGCAUCUGGUAAGCAUCGGUCUUCAAACUCAGGCUCAUCGGGAAACCACAGCGACACGGAACCAUCUUUAUCGACGGAUGGAUCUCAACAGGAGAAUGACUUACCAUCGGAAGAUUCCCAGAUGACACAUAGUAAACAAACACCACCGAGUUCCGAGUCUGCGCAUGUUUUAAAAUCAGCUGACAGUCCCAAACAGUCUGGUGUUUCUAAAACACCGGAUGAGUCUGAAUUAUCUAAGCUUCCCAAAACACCUGAAAUUACAGACAGUAAUGUUCCAGGAAAUAAAAAACUUGAAGAUGAAAUUAUGGAAAUUCUGGGUGAAGAUCAUCAAGCCGAGGACCCUCAAGUGGGAACCUUACACCCAGAAAUAGCCACUCGUUGGUCUAAUUAUAUUAACGAAGGCCUGAAAAAAGAACUCAAAAGUGAGUUGUUAUCAAAAUACCCACGUGCAAGCAACUGCCAGCUGGAGGCUCAAGUUCUGAAUCCAGAGAUUUCAGCUACUAUGCAAGAUGCUGCUUUGAAAAGAGACAAAUACGCCAGUGAGAUCCAAAAGACUAUUGGAUCGGCAAUGCUGGUUCUAGGUAUGGGUAUUUCCCUAUUGCUUGACGAAAAGGACGAAGGAGUUGAUAGGAAGCAACUCUUACAGUAUCUCUCGGAUGCUGGGAAGCUCAUAGCAGAGGCUCACCAUCGAGAAGCUGUAACUAGGCGAUCCUUUAUUCUACCAGGUAUGGAGAAGAAUAUAAAGGAGGUCUUGGAAAAGUCAAAGAUGGAUAAAUUCUUAUUUGGAGAAGGUUUAUCAGAAAAGAUAAAAUCGACCAAAACUAUUGAAAAAGUUGCUGCUGAGAUGAAACCUAAGCCAACUACAAAGAAGUUGCCGUUAAAAAAUUCGGACCAGUUAAACUGGAAGACCCCAUCCUCCAAGAUUCAGUGGUCGAGGAUGGGGAGUUCAAAAUCAACGUACAAGACGAAGCCGACCGGGUCCAGUGCGUCGAGGAAGCCGUACCAACAGCCUCCUCAGCCACAAUCGAGAUCAACGCGUCCGAAGACGGACCGUCGAUACUAGAGGUAUCGUCGAAAGCAGGACGAUUGAGAUUUUUUA